AUGGAGAGAUUGAGUCCGAGGAGGAUCCAGAACCAGAGAAACCAAGGAGAAGAAGAACCUGAGGAGUAUGAAGCUGUGCCUGUCCAAGGCAAACUUGGUAGCAGGCGUGUCUUGAGUACUCAAGUCAAGACUGACAAGGAUGAGCAGCGCGAGAACCUCUUUCACACUCGAUGCUUAGUCCAAGAUAAGGUGUGCAGCUUGAUAUCGAUGGAGGAAGCUGUACCAAUGUGGCGAGUGAAACUAUGGUUGAAAAGUUGGGCUAACUAUCAAGAAGCAUCCGCGCCUUAUAAGCUUAACUGGCUGAAUGAAACUGGAGAGAUGGGAGUCAAGAACCAAGUGGUUGUGCCUUGGCGGCCUUGGCAAUCUGAUAGGCGUGUGAUCCAUGAUGGAUUCACAAACCGCUACACUCUUCUUCAUGAGGGCCGUAAAACCACUUUGAUUCCUUUGAGUCCACAAGAAGUCUAUGAAGAUCAGUUACAACUCGCUGGAAAGGAAGUUAAGUCACCUAAGUCUCCUAAGCCAAAGAACUUCCUGGUGAAGCCAAAACAGGUUAAACGUUCCUUGAACUUAAACAAACCUUUUCUCUUAUUUAUAUAUAAGGAACACUUGAUUGGCUUGACUCACACUCCACCGGAGAUUCCGAGUGAACUAGCUCAACUUUUGCAGGACUUUAGCGAUGUGUUUCCUGAGGAUAGUCCACCAGGCUUGCCUCCUGUCCGAGGUAUUGAGCACCAGAUUGAUUUUGUCCCCGGCUCCACUUUACCAAACAGGCCGGCUUACAGAACCAAUCCGGUUGAGACCAAGGAGCUUCAGCGCCAAGUGGAUGAACUCAUGGAGAAAGGCCACAUUAGAGAGAGCAUGAGCCCUGUGCUGUUCCUGUUCUUCUUGUUCCUAAGAAGGAUGGAAGCUGGAGGAUGUGUGUCGACUGCCGCGCCAUCAAUAACAUCACUGUAA